UGGACAACAAUAUUUUCCCGGACUCCCGGGAGAUAGGUCUCGAUAAGGCGCACACUUGGGUGGCUCUUACCAACCCCAACAGCAGCAUGGGCCUGGGCUCCUCGAGGGUUAAUGAUUUUUCAAGCACGGUGCACGCGUUAUAAAGAAAUAUUCGGAGACAAAGGGCUCUAAACUCCCACAAACAAGAUGAGCUUCAUUAUCCCUGAUUGGGGAGGCGGUGACUCAUUCUCUUAUCACGAAGAUUUGGAAGACCCAUCGAUAUUAAGCUCCAAGUCAUCUAAAUGUUUAUUAGCUAACUUAAAGAAGAAAAAAAAAAGAAAAAGAACAGAAGAUAAUAAAUUUUCCCAGCAAAUUCCACAGCCAAGACAAAUAGAGAAAUCUAUAAAUAGUUUGAGACAACAUAAUGAUGCUCUUGGUGCCAGUCAGACCUGUUCCCUGUUGUUCCCAAACAAGUCUUCAGAGUUAAAAACAGAUAAAAAGAAGAAAAAGAAAGUACCUAAAAUUAAAGGCACUGGAGACCAAAUUUAUGGCAUCUCAAAGAAUAUAAACAGUGAAGAUACUGGAACAGCAAUUGGAAAUGGUAGUACAAAUGACAAUGUAGGCUUGGCUGAGCAAUUAGUAAUCAAAACUUGCCGAAAGAAGAAAAGGAAAAGGAAAAAUAAAAAUAAAAAUAAAUACAGUGAGUUAAAUGCUAAACAAAAGAAAGAAAAGAAUACACAAGACAACAUGCUAUCAAAUAUAAGUAGCACUGUUAAUAAGUCUGUUGAAUAUGACAGCAAGGCAGAUGUAAAUGUGAGUUAUGUAUUUAAUAGUAAAUUAUUAACUGGUGCACGUACUGUAGGUGAACAUAGUGUUGACAAUAAGGCAAGUUGUACAACAAAACGGAAAAAAAGGAAUAAAAAGGGUAAAUCCAGCAGUAUGAAUGAGUGUAAAGUUCAUUCAGGAAUUUCUUCGCAACCAUCUGAUUUUACAGAACCAGAUGAUCAGAUGCUUUCAGGUGAAAACAGUGAAGAAUUAGCUAAAAUUGACAUUGGAAAACGCUCAAAAAAUAAGAAAAAAAAUAUUGGAGACAGUCCAACUUGUGUAGAGUUUAUGGGAAAUACAAUGAAAAAUGAAAAGCUAUCAUCUACAGUAAAUAUACCUAAAAAAUCUAAGCAAAGAAACCAAUUGGGUAAUAAGCAAAAUAAGAAAAAUAAAAAAAUGGAAACCGAAGACACUGAUGAGGACCUAAUUUUUGAGGCUGAUGAUGAUGAUGACUGUGAUCCAAAAUUUCAGUCAGAUUUUAAAACUUUAUUAAAGGAGUUAGAUUUUGAAACGUUUCAUAACUCUCAGCCAGCAAAAAAGAAAAAGAUGCAUUUAAAUGAUAAGUCUUCAGUUUCAGAUAUGACAAUAGUGCAUGCAGAUAAGAAAAACUUUGCAAGAAAAGAAAAGCUAAGUAGUGAAGAUUAUAUUGAUUCAGAGCAUUUAGAUUCAGAUUUUGAAAUUGAUAAUGAACAUUUAGAGACUAAUAGAAAGAACAGGCAUAAAAACAUUGAGUUAAUUGAAAAAAAUACAAAAUAUGAUGAAAAAAAAAUAGGCAAAGAGAAAGGAAAUAUUAGAGAGAAAAAAGAAGCAAAAAUUGAUGCAUGUGAAACAUCUAGUCCCAAAAUUGACAAUAAAAAAAAAAUGGACAAGAAUAAGUUAGCAGAGAUGCUGGAAGAGGCAAAAAUUACAAGAGAAUCCAAACCAUUGAUUCUCAGCUCAGCAGAGGCUUUACGGCAAAAAAUGAUCAAUCAGCUUGCUGUUGCAAGAUUCAGAAUGGUGAAUGAGGCCUUGUACACAAGUAGUAGUCUUGAUGCUGUAAAGAUGUUCACACAUGAUCAUGAAGCAUUCAAAGAUUACCAUGCUGGCUACCAGGCACAAGUUAAAUGCUGGCCAGUCAACCCUCAAGACCUGAUUGUCCAGUGGCUUUGCAAAAAGCCAAAAGAAUGGGUGGUGGCUGACUUUGGUUGUGGCGAAGCUGUUCUCUCCCUCCUUGUACCACAGCAGAAAGUUCAUUCCCUUGACUUGGUAGCAACAAAUUCCAGAGUUACAGCAUGUGACAUGGCACAUACACCACUGAACUCAGCCUCUGUGGAUGUUGUAGUGUUUUGUCUUUCUCUCAUGGGUACCAAUAUCAAAGAUUUCAUUGUAGAGGCUAACAGAGUUUUGAAAGAAGGGGGUAUCAUGAAAAUUGCUGAAGUGGAAAGCCGUUUUGGAGAUGUUCAGCAGUUUCUGAAUCUCUUAAUGAAAUUUGGAUUUCAUUGCAUUCAGAAGGACACCAAUGGAAAAUACUUCUUUUUAUUUGAAUUUAAGAAGAUUCGAAAGCUGAAGAAGACAAUAGCUCUUCCUAAUAUUAUUCUUAAGCCAUGCAUUUAUAAGAAGAGAUAGCCCCAGUUAAGAAUUUGCCCAGUACAUUUUGUACGGUACCUUCCUUUAAUUUACAGUGAGUGUAAAUUUUAUCAUACUAUUGUUGUCUGUUUAACAUGUAUAGAUGGAGUAUAGUAUGCAUUUAAUUUUAUGCUGAAAUGAUUAUCAUAAAAUAACAGGGAUAAUUUUGUACUCUUAAAUAAUGUAUUUAUUGCUGCUUGGGUAAAUUUUUUCCUAAUAAUUUUUAACGAGGAUUAUCAGAAACUAGCAUUUAAAAUUUGUUAUGAUCAUGUAGGAAAAAAUAAAAUUUGCAGGCUA